AUGACAGGCUCGGAGGGGCAGUCUGUGUAUGAAUCUGCAGACCUGGUUGCCCUCUUGAGAAAGCAGCUCGAGAACGAACAGCCCGUGCCUUAUCAAGGCGGUAGUAUGCUUUCUGUGGACUUUUCGUCGCCGCUUGGUGGCGCGGCUCGCGCCGAGCGAAUUCGCCAAAUGUCGCAUAAUCAUGUAAGGUUUGCCCCUAACCUCUCGCACGAGACGGCAGCUCAUGUCUCGCAACAGCCUGCCUUUGAAAAGUCCCGAUUUGCGCAGGAAAUACUCGUCAAGAUCCAACAUUCUCUCCGUCGAAUGCCCGGCGUGUCGUCGAGCGAAUCUGGCGAAAUCGUCGGCCAGCUCCAAGAAGUCGGACAGGUCAUCAGCCAAGAGACCAGCCAGCUCGUGGACGCCCUGAUGAACGUCACCCUCGACCAGGAGGAUACCGACAAGGCCGUUUCGCGCUUGAGCCUGGAUGCCACCAUUCUCAACGCCGAGAUGGACGACAAGGCGCAGACUAUUAGGGACCUCCGCGCUGAGCUUGACGCGGAGAGGAAGAAGCGCGAGCAGGCGGAGCUGGAUGUUAAGAAGGUGAUGGCCGAUCUGCAGCGAUUGAGGGAGGAUUUCAAAAAGCUUCAGGAGAAGGCAACAAGGAAAGAUGAGGGCGCGGACGCUGACGUUCGUGAUGACAUUGUCAAGAGCCUCGAGGAUUCGAUACGCUAUCUGGAGGAUCAAGUCAAUAAUCGGCGCUCGCUGUGGCUCAUGAAGCAUUCGGAUCCGCAGUCUGUCGCCCGUGCUAUCGAGACACUGGCUGAUUCGGUGCAGGACAACCAGGCCGCUCACCAAUCCAUCUUGUCCAUGAAGACCAGAGCCGCACGCGGUGCUAACAACUACCAGGACACCAGACAUCAGGGGAGCGCAGACGCUCGCCCGUACGGUGAGAUGGCGCCUCCGCCUCGUCCGCCUUCGGUCUUCCAGGCCUCGAGCAGAUCCUGUGCGGUUGAUCCCCCCAAGUUCGGCCCCCUUCAAGCUGGGCCGCCUCGGGCCCCGUCUGCAUUCUCCCACGAACGACGAUACCAGGGAUCCGCGUCGUCGUGGAGCUCUGCCCAAGGCCGGCUUGCGCAGGCCGGGAACCCCUUCUUCAGCAACGCUACGUCGUCGUUUACUCGUCCGCCGACGCGAAGACCAUACCAGGCACCUACUCGGUACAGACCUACUGCUGCAGCAGAGUUCCAGCCGGGCUACGCCCCCGAACAUGCUCCGGCCCGUCCUGGCACAGCAUUCGGCCACCACCAGCCUCCGCGCGAGUAUUACCCCCAGACCCCGACGACGUCUCGGCCCCGGUACGGACGACCUGCCGAACCCAGCAUGUCGGAGUACGGGAGCGCUCCCUCGUCGGCGGGCAACGCGGCCGCCGCGCGAGGCAUCCUCUCCGGGCCGCUGGUCCACAUGAACGAGCAGGCGGUGGCGGCGUGGAACGAGUCCAUCAUGGAACUUUACGCCAUGAUCCGCGCGUUUGUCGAGCGCCACGCCAACGUGCCCGACCCGGCCAUGGCCAUGAAGAUGAGCACCCUGCCCCUGUGGCCCGUCCUCCUGGCCACCUACCACCCGCUCUCGGCCAAGGAGGCCGCCUCCUAUCUCGACAUUCACCUUCGCGCCGACAACCCCAAGUGCUGCCUCGUCACGCGCGUCAUCAUCGACUACAUCGUCAACCGAGUCUGGGUGCCCAACGCAUGGAUCGGCUUCGACGAUGACUGCACCUACGCGCUGCUCGAGCUGGAAAAGGAUCUCGAAAAGACCCAAGGUAAGAAGCUCCCGCCCCCCUGUGUUGUAUUAGAAAACUCGCGCCUGACCCAAACAACUUGUCUUGUCGCGACAGGCCAGCCCUCGGCGCAGCGGCAGCCCCUGCUCGACCGGCAAGCCCACAUCCUCGAGGCAAUCAUCAAGUCGGAGCCGCUGGCGUUCCACAGGGAAAAGGUGGGCGACAUCACGGCCGCCCUCAUGGCCACCAUCCAGCCGCUGCUCAACCGCCUGGCCAACCCGGCCGACGCGUACCGCGACCUCGAGCACGUCGCCGACCUGGCGUGGGACCUGUCGUCCAAGAUCCUCACGUCGCGGCUCACGUUUGACUUUCGCUUCCCCGAGGUGGGCGCGCGCUUCUCUAGCCAGAGCAUGCUGCCUAUCUGGCCGGCGCUCGAGCCGACCGAGCUGCAGGCCAAGCACUGGCGGGUGGCGCUGGUGACGACGCCCGUCAUUACCUGUCGCAACGACACGGGGAGCAAUAUCUCGGCGCACUCGGUUGCCCUGGCGGAUGUGUAUUGUAUGCAGUGA